AUGUCGCCUACCAAUAAUAUCGCCUUCACUACCCCCAUAAACCCUCCGGGGGUCAGUCCCGUCCUCAAAAAAGAGCAAGUCUGGGCCGGCUUAUUACUCAAAAUCCGCUGUGCAGAAAAAUUCAUUCCAAACGCGAUUGAAUCAACUACAGUCAUAUCUGAGAGCAAGGAUCCUUCCACGGGGAACAUUGUCACUGUCCGUGAGGUGGUAUUUCGCGAGCAACAAAGAAAGGUCAAAGAGACUGUGACGGCAUACAAAGACGCUAGAGUCGACUUUGUGCAACCGGAUGGAACAUUUAUCGGAAAUAUCAUUAGUGAGGGCGCUAGUGGGGAGCUGUAUAUGACUUAUGUCUUUGAAUGGCAUCAUCCGGGAGCACCAGAGGAAGAGCUUCGUGCUUUCUAUGUUAAGGAGAAGGGCGUGGCUCAGCACUCGGUUGAAGGUACGGUCGAUGUUAUUAGGAAGCUGGUCACGGAAGGGAAGUUAGAUGAACACCGCAGCAUGGUGUAA